AUUUUUGUUAAUUUAAGGUAAUUCCAUAUAAAAAAUUACUUGAAUCAGAUCCUGGCAAUCCAAAAGAUUUAUUAAAUAAAUUAAUUGUUGUUAAACUUAAUGGUGGUCUUGGUACAACAAUGGGUUGUAAAGGACCUAAAAGUGUUAUUUCUGUACGAAGUGGUCUCACCUUUCUUGAUAUAACUAUUCAACAACUUGAACAACUCAAUCGUACAUAUGGUUGUGAUGUACCAUUGGUUUUAAUGAAUUCAUUUAAUACUCAUGAAGAAACAGAAAAAAUUGUUCAAAAAUAUAGUCAUGUUCCUGUUAAAAUUUAUAACUUUCAUCAAUCAAAAACUUUAAUAUUUGAACAAAUAACUGAAAAAUUGUUAUUAAGAUAUCCACGUCUUGAUCGCGAAACUUUAUUACCAGUGGCAACAAGUAUUGAUGGUUCAGAUCAUGCAUGUUGGUAUCCACCUGGUCAUGGUGAUGUUUAUCAAUCAUUUUAUCAAUCGGGUUUACUUGAUCAAUUUAUUGAACAAGGAAAAGAAUAUAUGUUUUUAAGCAAUAUUGAUAAUCUUGGUGCAACUGUUGAUUUAUAUAUUCUUAAGCAUUUGUUAAGCAAUCGAAUAAAACAUGAAUUUGUAAUGGAAGUAACUGAUAAAACACGAGCUGAUGUUAAAGGUGGAACAUUAAUUGAAUAUCAAGGAAAAUUACGAUUACUUGAAAUUGCUCAAGUACCAAAAGAAUAUGUUGAUGAAUUUAAAAGUAUCAGUAAAUUCCGAAUUUUUAAUACAAAUAAUUUAUGGGUAAAUCUUUCGGCUGUAAAACGUGUUGUUGAAGAAAAAACUUUACAAAUGGAAAUAAUCGUUAAUCAUAAAACGAUGGAUGGUGGUCUUAAUGUAAUUCAAUUAGAAACAGCUAGUGGAGCAGCCAUACAAAGUUUUGCAGGAGCACAAGGUAUUAAUGUUCCACGUCGUCGUUUUCUUCCUGUUAAAACAACAUCAGAUCUUUUAUUGGUUAUGUCAAAUUUAUUUACAUCUAAUCAUGGUAAUUUAGUUAUGAAUGCCAAACGUUCAUUUCCUUCUAAUCCAUUAGUUAAACUUGGAACAAGUUUUACUAAAGUUAAAGAUUUUUUAUCUCGAUUUCAAAGUAUACCUGAUUGUCUUGAACUCGAUAGUCUUACUGUAUCAGGUGAUGUUACAUUUGGUAAAGGUGUUUCAUUACGUGGAACGGUAAUUAUAAUUGCAAAUCAUGGUGAUCGAAUUGAUAUCCCAGCUGGCUCUAUACUUGACAAUAAAAUUGUUUCUGGAAAUUUACGUAUUCACGAACAUUAA